GGUGGCGGCGGCCGAGGCGGGAGGCGGCCAUGGCGGAGGCGGAGGCGGCGGCCCCGGAGGGCGGCUGGGCGGCCAACCCCUUCGACGGGCUGCCCUUCUCCUCCCGCUACCAGCAGCUGCUGCGCCGCCGCCGCGGCCUGCCGGUCUGGGCCGCCAGGGAGGCCUUCGCGCGGCACCUGCGGCGGGCCGGGCUGGUGCUGGUGUCGGGCGGGCCGGGCGCCGGCAAGAGCACGCAGGUGCCUCAGUGGUGUGCGGAGUACGCCCUUUCAUUGCAGUUUGCCCAUGGCCAGGUGGUCUGCACUCAGCCUCACAGCUUGGCCGCCUUGAGCCUGGCCUUACGUGUUGCAGAUGAAAUGGACCUCAAUGUGGGCCAUGAGGUUGGCUACUGCAUCCCCUACGAGGAUUGCUGCAUCUCAGAGACUCUGCUCAGGUUCUGCUCGGAUGAGGUCCUGUUGCGGGAGAUGACCUCUGAUCCACUGCUGCGGCAGUACGGGGUGAUCAUCUUGGAUGAGGCGCAGGAGCGCACGGUGGCCACAGAUCUGCUUCUGGGGCUGCUGAAGGAUGCCCAGCGCCAGCGCCCAGAGCUGCGCCUUGUGGUGGUGACGGAGCCCUGUCUGGAGGAGCCACUGCAGCACUUCUGCCAGGAUGCCCCGCUGGUGCAGGUGCCAGCACUCAGCCCGGCCCCCAGCCUGGCGUACAGGGAGCCUCCUCCUCAGGGCCGGGUGUCUGCUGCCUGCGAAGCUGUCCUGGAGCUUCACCGGCAAAAGGAGGCAGGGGAUGUGAUGGUCUUCCUGGCCAGUGAACAGGAAAUCCAGGAGUGCUGUGAGGCUCUCCGUGUGGCAGCUGUGGCCCUGGACCCCGCCCUGGGCUCCUUGCUGCUGCUACCCCUUCAUCCAGGCGUGGGGCGGCAGGUCCAAAAACUGUAUGAGCCUGUGGAGCCGCCUGCCGGAGGUCCAGUGCGCCGAGUGAUCGUCACCCACUGGCUGGCAGAUGCUGCCUUCUCUGUGGGGAGCGUCAGGCACGUUGUUGACUCUGGGCUGGACCUGCGCAGUGUUUACAACCCGCAGAUCCGCGCGGAGUCGCAGGGCUUGCGUCCCAUAAGCAAGAAACAGGCGGAGGCUCGGCGGAUGAGGGCGGCUGGGACCCCCUCUGGGACAUGCCUGCGCCUCUACACCGAGUCCUUCUACGAGAGCCUCCCUGCCCUUCCUCCGGCACACGUCACUGAGGCCAACCUGAGCCGCCUGGUCCUGCUGCUCAAGAGGCUGGACAUUGCGGACAUGGGCCAGUGUGACUUCCUUGACCGGCCAGCCCCAGAGUCCCUCAUGCAGGCUUUGGAGGACCUGGACUAUCUGGCUGCUCUGGACGACGAGGGGAACCUCUCGGAGGUCGGCAUCAUCAUUUCCGAGUUCCCUGUUGACCCCCAACUGGCCAAGGCCCUCCUGGCCUCGUGUGAGUUCGACUGUGUCCAGGAGAUGCUCACGCUUGCUGCCAUGCUGACAGCGUGGCCCUGCUUUGUGACUCCACCUGUGCGCUGGGGAGAGGCGGUGGCUGCUCGGCAGCGAGUCCUGCUGCACCCAGCUGGAGACCACUUCACCCUCAUCAAGAUUUUCAACACCUUCCUCCAGCAGAGCGACCCAGAAAGCUGGUGCCGGAAACAUGGUGUGAACGAGGCUGCCUUGCAGCUGGCCAAGGCCGUGCGGGCAGAGCUCCUGGAGGUCAUGGAGCGCAUUGAGCUGCCUGUCUCCCCACCUGCCUUUGGCACAGAUAGCAACGUUCUCCGGGUCAAGCAGGCCCUCAUCUCGGGCUUCUUUCUUAAGGUGGCUCGAGACAUCGAUGGCUCCGGAAACUACCUCCUCCUGACCCACAAACAUGUGGCCCAGCUGCCCCCCACCUGCUGCUACCGGCUGCGCCGGCCACCCACACAGCCUCCUCCCUGGCUGCUGUACCACGAAUUCACCAUCUCGCUGGAUAACUGCCUGAGCGUGGUCUCGGAGAUCCAACCAGAAAUGUUGGCAGAGCUGGCCCCCCAGUACUACCUGAGUAACCUGCCUCCCAGCGAGAGCCGAGACGUGCUCCUGGAGCUGCGUGAGAAGCUGGCUGGAGGGGUGGAGUUGCCGCCCCCACAGCAGUGCGAGGCGCCUGCAGCUCCCAGAGCCGAUGAGGAUGGCGAGGAUGUCUGUGUGCUCCAGUGAGGCCCAGUCUGGACCAGCACCACCAGCUCAAGGCAUUGCCACCCCCCUUGGGAGAGUAGAUAGCCAGGACCUCUGGCUUUGCAGGCAGCUCCCUGAACAACGGCAGAGAUGAUCCGAAGGACUGGGUAGGUGUGGUGCCAGGGCAAGGGCCCCUCCUGCCCCGGCUAAGCCGAGUGGGGCUAGGCCUGGCCCACCUCUGUGGUGGUGGUGCUGCUGCUGCUGCUGCUCUGGGUGACGGGUAGCAUUCUCCAUGCUGCAGAGGCCAACAGCCUCUUGGGCAUCCCUUCCCCCCGGAUGAGGGCAGCUGAUAGGCAGAGUGACUGCAAGGGGAGACUCGGUCCUGCCGAGGGGGGCGGGGGGAGAGCUGGUUUGCAGUGCUCCAGCGGCCACUUCAGCUGCUCUGGGCAGCUGAGGGCUUGGGGGGAAACUGGGCAGCAAGGGGUGCAGGGAUGUAUCCCAAACACUCGGCGGGGGCAGGGCAGCAGUUCCUCCUGUUGUGCAUAAAAGUCCUUUCUGUGAUCUUUGUUCCUUGUGGGAUUUGUGUCGUAAAAGUGUUGGGUGGAGCCUGAAUGAGGCGCAGCUUGAGUGGGCCUGGUCCCACUUGGGAAGAGCCCUGAAUUGGGGGGUGGGGUAGGCGGGUCAGCCUUCUUCUCUGGCAACCCUUGUUGCCUCUGAGUUUCUGGGGUUCACCUGCUCCCCCCCUGCCCCAGGGGCCAGGAGGUAGAUGCUCUGUAGCUUUGUGAUUCGGCGGAAGUGCCGUUGGGCCCUCAACACAAGGCUUCUUCCGGCUUGGCCUGCUCCUGGGGCAGUUGGCCUCGCCUCGCUGUCCUCGCGUUGCUGCAGCUGUGUUGUCUUCCAUGUGAGCAACUGCGAGAGGGUUUCUAAAGGCCCCCGCUUGCUCCUGAGUCUCUUCAGUGGGUGUGUUGCCCUUGCGAGGGAGGCCAUGAUGGCCACAAGAGAGCGGAAGCCUGGGAAGCCGUCUCUGGCUGGCAUCAGGCAGUCGAGUCUCGGCUCCCCUGGGACCGCCUCAGCCCUUGCCCAGCAUCAGGACCAAGCCUCUUUGGCCGAGCACUGGGCUUAAAGUGCGGGGGGGGGGGGCGGAUCCUGUGCUCCAGCCUGUGGGAGAGCCAUUUCUGGGCCGUGAACUGUGUCUUUCUGAACCUGCGCUAAUGUCCACUGGGAAUUUGAACUGGCAUCUCAUAUCCCCCCCCCCCCCAAACCUGGCAGCAGCUUCAGACCCCCAACCUUGGAAUCUGUGUUGCCCCCACUAUCUUGGGCUGCAGCCUGUGGACACCCUCUUCCCUUUCCAGUGCUAGAUGCGGGGGAAUGACUUGCACCAGGGAGUGAUCAUGCACGGGAACGUGUGCUUGCAAAAUGGGACGGUCCAACUCAUGUUCAGGUGAAGGGCUGAGAGGGAAGCGGUCUGGGUCUGAAGAGCUAGAAUAGGAUGAGUGCUGCCGUGAAGUGCAACAGGAAAACGCCUUACUCUACAAACUAGCUUUGGCCAAUGUGGGAUGGUGAUCCCCCUCUGUCCUUGCCUCUCCCCCCCACCCCCCAUGGUGUGGCGGCCCUUCAGGCCCCCAACUGGGAUUGGUGCCCAGGGAAGGUAGACUGGCAGCCAUUGCCUCCACUGCUGUCUGUGGUUGCAUGCCAAGAAACUCUCCUGCAGAACAGUAGAAGCCCCAGCAGUGGUGCUUCGUGUGCCAUCUUCCACUCCACCUUUUCCUGAAGUGUUUGUGCCCCUUUAACCGUUGCCCUCCCUUCCAGCAUGGGCUGUUUCAGCAGCCGGACUGGAGGCAGAGACCAGCAUAAGCUGGGACGGGGGGGGGGGUUGGCAUGAGAGGCCAGGCGUAGCUUCUCUUCUGCAGUGCCUUGAGUGUGCUAUAGACAAGGACAGAAUGUACAAGGAAUGGUUAGAGAGUAAAAGGCCAGGAGGGGGACACGUCAGAACAAGGGAUAUUUCCAAGCCAGAGUUCCAAUAGGCAGGUGGGUCUCCUGCAGGGGCAAUUCCUCACGUGGGCUGCAGUGCCCCCCAUCCCUUUCAUUUUGCUGGUGCUUGUGCUGGAGAAAUCCCUGGGGCUUGGGAAUUGGAGGGCGGCUUUGCCAGGCCUGCUGGGCUGCCCUGAAGUGUGCGUGGGCGACCUCAGCCCUCCUUUUCCUUUUGCUGCCAGCCCAGAUCUCCCAAUUGCUUUGUUCAGUGCAGAAGACCCUCUCUGUAAAGGGAGGAGCAGGGUGCGGCUUCUGCCCGACUCCCCCUGCAGAGUGAGGCCCACGGGCUUCUCCACGGGGGGCUGGAGAGGGGGGUGCUCUGUGGUGAUGGUGCAGAUGAGGCCAGGGACUCGCUCCUGGGACGUGUGGCCACCACUCACCCACUCACUAGGAAUAGGGGAGGGUCUGGACCCCGGAGAGAUGUGGCAGGAAACCACACAGUUAAUUCCACUCAGCAUCAGUUUGGACUCUGGGCAAGACCAGAUGCAAAGUUGGCCAAGAGAAUUGUGGCCCUGGCAGACUACGGGGGAAUGCCAGUUUUCCCAGCAGGUUUUUGACAAGAAAGCUUGAUUGGAUUAAAUCCAUUCCACUGUUGCCACAGAAUAGUUUUGAACUCCACCCCCCCCCUCCCCCGCCACCUUUGUGCAUCUUUCGAUGCUGUGGGAGGUGCAGGUGGGAUGUCUAGCAACCCUAAGCCGUGCCUCGAAACCCUCUGCCACGGAACCCCUGGGGGAUCACUGUAGACCUCGCCGUGAGUUGUACCAGGGGCCUGUGGGCAGCAGGUCAAGGUUCUCGAUCCUGCGUCUCUGCCCUCAGCAGGACAAAAUGCAGCAGGUAGGUGAGCGUCCAGCUGUUCAGAAAGCCCAACACAAUCGCACGGGAUUUCAAGAGCGAGAGCGUCGCCCAAGGGAGGGACUUGUCCUGACCAGACUUAUCCACGCUGUCUGACUCCUGUGCCUGGGAGGGAAGCUGUAAAAAAGAAACGCUGGCCACGGUUGAUGUUGGGGGCCUCUUGCGAUUGCUUUAGGGGUGUAUGCUAUGGGCGAAGUUCUAAUGUCAUGCACAGCCUGCUCCUUAGGUGGUGGUUGGAAGGGUGGGGCGGAGCUCUCUACGUUGCUUAAAAAGAAUCAGCCUCUAUAAAGUGGGAGUCUUUCCCCAAACCCUGGGAACAAAAGGGAGUACUAAACUUAAUAAAAGAAGGGGGAAAUAAUGGGAGGAGCAGAUGGGUAAAAGCAUCCUAUUAAUUUAUUGUGGGUUAUUUUUGUUUGGUUUUUACAUCUUGUUGAUUUGUUAUGUUUUAAAUUAACAUUGUGAUCUACAAAUUGUAAUUUUUUUAAAAUAAAAUCACUGCUAUGAGAA